CAUGAAGUAAAAGCUCUAGAGAUGGGAAAUGGCAGAUUUUCAAGAUGAUUGAAAAGAUGAAAAGCUUGAAGUCAGCUCAACAAAACAAUGUCGAAAACAACAAGGAAAGUCACUGUUGAUACGAAAAAGAAGAGUGUAUUCGACCGGCUUGGUACUGCUGGGUCGUAUGAGGGUGAGAAAAGAAGUUAUGCCAGAGAUAGUGAUCAAUAUGGUAAUAAACACAGGUAUACUCACGACACAGAAAUGAAGAAGAGCAAGAGAGGUUAUUUGGAAAGUGAUGAUGGGGCAUUUCAUGAUGCAGAAGGUUCUGAGAGUAAAAGAGAUAAGCGUAAGGUUCAAGAUGGGGAAAAGUUGAAAAUAGAAUUUAAAAAGGAUCCUGUUUUGAAAAAGAAACAGACAAUUGCAGAGAUUUAUGAAGAAGAAGUUCCAAUGAGAAAGAUCAAGAAAGACAAGGAAAGAAAAGAGAAGGAAAGUCAUUCACACGGAAAAUCAAAAUUGGGUGGAAAUGAAGGUGUGAUGGUGCAGAAAGACGAGCAUGUUAGAAAUAUUCAGCUUAAAGGUGAUGACAAAAAGGAUCGCAAACCAAAAAGUGACAAUAGAGACGAUGAUGAUUCGCAAUCUGAGACCAUGAAUAGGAGACAUAAAAAGAAGAGAAAAUUAGACGAUAGUGAAGAAGAAGUUGGACAUAAGGACAAAGGAGAUCCUGCAUCGAAAAAGAAGAAGAAGAAGAAAGAGAAAACGAAAUAUGAGAGUUCGAGCAGUGAAAGUGAGGAUGAGCGUGAGAAAAAGAAGAAAAUCAAGAAAGAAAAACGAAGAUCAUACGACAGUGAUGAAUCUGCAACUGAUAAAAGGAAGACGAAGAAUUAUGAACACGAAGAAGAGGAAGAUAGAAGGAUUGUUUCAGAUUCCAAGAAGAAGAAAAAGAAGAAGAAAGAGAAAUAUGAUAGUGAAAGUGAGAGAUAUUCUGACAAAGAAGAGUAUUCAAAACGAGAAAAAAGUGACAAAUCGUAUGACGAUGGAAAGUCAAAGAAGAAUCGGAAGACAUUUGAUGAAGAUGAAGGAUCAAGAAAGAAGAAGACUGUGGAAGUAAAGAAGCAGAAACAUUCUCCUGUGGCAAGAAAAGACUCGCAAAAGGGGAAAGACCGAUCAAAACGAUCUGCUAGUUAUUCGUCAUUUUCAUCAGGAUCUUCACUCGGUGAAGAAGAUAUAAAUGUAGAUUAUCAUAAGAAGACAAGAAAAGAACGAGUACCUGAGAAAGAGUAUCGGGAAGAUGUGAAGAAAGAUAAGGAAAGAAGAAGAGAUAAAUAUGAUGAGCCUCGAAGUAGUCAUUUGCAUCCCCAAGAGGAAGCUAGAGACAUGUUUUUAGAGGAGCGAAGGAAAGAUGUUCCCUUGGAUUCCUAUUCAAGAGACCCCUACCCACAUCAACAAGAGCCACGUCUAGAAUCAUGGGAUCGUGACCGUGGUGGGUAUGAUGAUAGACAGCAGACCGGCCAGUUUGGGUCUCCAUAUGCUUUCGGUCGCUCAAGAGGACCGGAUCCAUUCAGAGGACGCUAUGAACCCCCCGUUAAAGGCGGUGGAGAGAGAGAUAGGAUGAACUAUAGACCGUACCCGGAACAGUCUUACAGUGGAGAUCAAGCUAGAUAUAGAGAAAGAGGAAACAGAGAGCCUUAUCCAUACCAGCAUGGCAGUGGAAGAAGAAACCCUACAGUUGAUGAUCCAUACGCAGUUGGUCGUUCUAGAGAUUCAUAUCAAGGGGUGCAAGAGCCUGCACCAGGUUACUCCAGGGACGAAAAACAGGGACGGGGAUAUCGCGGGGACUACCAUCCGGUGAAAGCUGAACAUGAUGAUUUCGAUGACCGGGGUCGCAAGAAGAGCUCUCAUCGCUCAUCAAAAGAGCCUGCUGACUAUGGCUCCAGAAGCCCGGUUUCCAAAAGAAGAAGCCACAGCCCAAGAGAAAGUGGAAGGGAGGACAGUAGAGACCGUUCAAAGUCAAAGAAACGAAAACGAGACGACGAAUCGGUCGAGAAAGAGCAGUCAGUCGAAAAAAGAAGCAAAAGAUCAAAAGGAGAUGCUAAGUCGGAGAGCGAGGCAGAAUCUGGUUCCGAGGCCGAUCCGAAAUCAGAAAGGGAUCGAAAAAACGCUGAUCACGAGAAAAAGGAGACCAAGCGUGUACAUAGAGAUUCGGAGAGCCACCAGCGACGAGAUGAAUAUGUGGAUGACAAACGUGAUAGAAAGUCUGACCGUAGCCGGGACCGUGAUAAAGACCGGGACAGAGGUAAAGACCGGGACAGAGACCGAGAUCGGGAUAGGCGUCACAGACCGGGAUCAAGUGGUGAUCGGUCAAGAACAAGCAAACCGCAGCCUAGGCCGGAAAAACGAGGCGAAUCAAAUGAAGAAAAUCGCGAUGGAGAUAAAGUUGAAGACAAAAGAGUUAAGGCUUUAAAGUCCUCGCACCGCCAGAGCUCACCAUCACGAAGGAGCGAUUCAGAUUCUGGAUCAAAAUCAUCGCAGAAAAGGGGAAAAGGCCGUAGCACACCACAAGAAGGGCAGGAUGGAAACAUUGACGAUGUGUACGAGAAGAUAAGUGACGAGGAGCUUGAUUUCUUUGAAGAGGAGAACGCCAAAGCGUGCAAGCCGGCGGCGCUCGAAGAUAUAGACUGGGCGACACUGGCGGCCAUCGCGCCUCCCUCGAAAACAGAAAGUACACAAGGAGAAUCUCAUCGCAGUAAACACUCAGCUUUGAGUGUCCUCAAGAGUAUUGGCUUCUCGCCUAGUUUACUGCGCAGUGAAACAAUAAAGAGCAUCCAGACAAAGUUUGCCGAGUCCGCGACAACUGGCAAAGAGCUGGAAGAUGAUUUUCUCGAUCUUGACACUGGAACUGGAGCUUUGGUUGCGAACAAAAUGAGGAACAGGCGGCGACGUAGAAACCUCGUUUCCAACCUUGCCAAUCAAGGAACUGUUCUUAGUAUGCGUAGAGAUAUAGGGAUUCGAAAAGAACUAAGGAUUCCCCCGAAUCGCCUUGAAAUGACAGACAACCUGUUCUGCAAUGCACCCUCUGCACCAGCUGACAGAGAGCUCUUCAUGGCGAGUGCGGCACUGUACCAGAAGAUUCCAGUUGGUGAAAGUGAACCAUCGUGCAAGAUUGUGCCAUCAUUAGUUGGCUCAGUUAUUCAAUGCGUCUACUGAUCUCACUUGUGACAAAGUUUUUGCUUUGAUAUGUCAGUUCACAUGUCAGAUCACAUGCACAGACUACUGGCUAAAACAUUUCGGCCCAGAAUUUUUUUGAGAUUGGGCUGCUCUCUUGGAAACAGUGAUCAUCUCAUGAUGUCUUCAAAUACUGUGAACCUGCGUAAUUUUUUCAGCCAUUUGUGUAUCUGCUUUCAGAAAGUAACCUUUUUAUUUGUACUAGUUCUUAACGACCCAAACUAUCUAUGAAAAACAGAUUUUUAUUUUAAAUAAA